UAGCAAAUCUAAACAACAAAGAAGAACAAUUUUCCAUUUUAAUUUAUACUAGAUAUAGCCAAAGUGAUAUAAAAAUAAGUAGUCGCUUGACCUUGGGGGCUGAUGCGUCAUGGCAAGCCCAAAUAUCAACUACCGUUCCCUGGCCGAGGAUGAUACAAAUAUCUUUUGCGAACCUGAACAGGUAACAGCAGCAGCUGCAGCAACAAUAACAAAAACAGACGACGCAAAAUCGUACACAGCUGCUGCGCAUUUAGAGAACGACCAUGAACAUGAGCCCGAAAGUGAAGAUACGCCACACAAUAGUGGAAUCAUGAUACAUAUAGUGCCCGAGACGGGCAAGGAAUCGCAUCACUGGAAUCAUAUUGAGGAUCUAGACUGUUUCUUUUCCCGCAUGUACAACUACCAGCAAAAGCAUGGAUUUCGUGUCAUAGUGAUGGAUGAGGUGUUUCAGGUGUUGGAGUUUGGUUUCGUAGUCUGGCUGCUAACAUUCACUACGCACUGCAUCAAGUUCGAUGUGCUCUUUGGCGACGCACGGCCCGAUCCCAACAGCAAUCGCACCAAGACCUACAUUAGCGAUAUAGUCAUACCCACAGGCGCAUGCGUUGCCAAGUUCAAUACCUUAACGUAUUUAAUUAUAUUCAUGGCGGCCAUUUACUUGGGCAUACGACUGCUCAAGAUGAUCUAUCAUAUAACGCAAUAUGCAGACAUUAAGCGUUUCUACAACAAGGCCUUGGGCAUCGAAGACAAUGAUCUGGAGGACAUUACCUGGCAUGAGAUACAGCAGCGUACACGCAAGGUGCAGUCGGAGCAGCAUAUGUGCAUAGACAAAGAGAUGCUCACCGAGCUGGACAUUUACCAUCGCAUACUCAGAUUCAAGAAUUAUCUGGUGGCGUUGAUGAACAAGAAUUUGCUGCCCGUGCGCUUUCAUCUGCCGCUGGUGGGCGAGGUGGUGUCGCUGAGUCGCGGCAUGCUCUGGAACAUUGACUUUAUACUCUUUCGUGGUCCAGGCUCACCCUUCCAGAACAACUGGCAGCUGCGUGAUGAGUUUGCUGUGCGCAGCAAUCAAACGGAGCUGGCGCAGCGCCUAUCUAAGCUCAUACUGUUUGUAGCUUUGGCCAAUCUGCUGCUCUCUCCGGUCAUAUUUCUCUGGCAGCUUAUAUACUUCAGCUUCUCGUAUGUGAAUAUAUUGCGCAAAGAGCCCAGCGCCUUGGGUCUGCGCACCUGGUCCAACUAUGGUCGUCUCUAUCUGCGUCAUUUCAAUGAGCUGGAGCACGAACUGGACGCACGUCUUAACCGCGCAUAUGAGUAUGCGGAUCGCUAUCUAAACUCCUUCUCCUCACCGCUGGCGGCUGUCAUCGCACGCAAUGUGCUCUUUCUAAGCGGCGGCGUGCUGCUGCUCAUUCUGGGCCUGGGCAUCUUUGAUGAGCAUGUCUUUCAGGUGGAGCAUGUGCUAACCAUUAUAGCAGUACUCACUGUGGUGGGCGUAGUUUGCCGCACAAUGAUACCGGAUGAGAAUCUUAUCUGGUGCCCGGAGCAGCUAAUGACUGCCAUUCUCGCGCAUGUGCAUUAUUUACCCACGGAAUGGAAGCAACAGGCGCAUACGGUGCAUGUGCGCAAAGAGUUUAGUCACUUCUUUCAGUUUCGUGCUGGUUAUUUGCUCAGCGAGAUAUUCAGUCCGUUUGUAACGCCAUUUGUGCUCAUCUUUGUCUUCAGGCCCAAGGCCAUGGAGAUUGUAAAGUUCUUCCGCAGCUUUACAGUUUCUGUGCGGGGCGUGGGCAAUGUUUGCUCCUUUGCGCAAAUGGACGUGCGCAAACAUGGCAAUCCGGACUGGCAGGUGAACAACAGCGGCCAGAUGGACGCACCUGGCAUGGCCGCAGAGCCAGCAACAGCACAGCAGCGUAGCUUGGCUGGCGGCAAGACAGAAAUGUCGCUGGUGCGCUUUACGCUCAACAAUCCCGAGUGGCAAAUGCCCAAGGAGGCUUCAGAGUUCAUCAAAGGCAUACGCGAACAUGCCAUCGAUGAGCUGGUCAAGGCAAAGACGGCACCGCAGGCAACACCAGCGGCGGCGCGUGGAAAUCCGCUGACACACAGCCUGAUCUCAUUUGGCACCAUUGGCGAGGAGUAUUGCUCCAUUGCCAAUUCAGUGCUGGCCGCCGACUUAAGUCCCGAGCAGCUGCAGCUAUCGCAGUCGCUCUCAGCUAGCCGCGGUAUGCCAGGCGUGGGCCAAGGAUUCGUAGCUGGCAGUGAUUUUCGUCAAAUGCUGCAGCAAAAUCUGGGCGAGCCCAUGAGCAGUGCCAGCAUACGGCAGCAAAUGUCUACCAGUGUGACGCCGCUGGACAGCAUGCGACGUCUGCGCUUAAGCAAAGCGGAGGGACGCAUUGAAGGUCCCAAGGAUACCCUGCUUUAUAGCUUGUAUGGCGUGGAGCCGCGUCUGGCCAAGAACCCCAUUGGCGUGACCGUGGCCGACAUGUGCCUGAGCGCGCUCUAUCUGCACGAGCUGAGCCAGCAGAAGCGCCUGGCGCGCCAGUCGCGCAUCGACGAAGCGGACGAGCUGCCGGGACCCAGCAAUAGGCCGCCACGCCCACAGGCGCCCACGCGCCAAACCGUGAUUACCUCAAAGGCUGCCGAGAGCACGCCGCUGCUGGGUAGCAUACGCUCAUAGCAGCGGCCCGUUUGGAUCUAAUAUUCAUAGAGCUUAAGGAGAACAACAGCGAGACGAAGUAGGAGCAAAGGAUACGAAAACGAAAGCAGAACUGCUUUGUAGCGAGAAGAAGAAGUAACAACCCCUGCUAUUAGAGAUUAAGUUGUAAAGUGUGAGAACAGACGAUGUCUAGUGCUUAGCUAAACUAAUAUAUUAAAUUAAAAAAACAAACAAAAAAAAAAUAAACACUAAUACUAAACUAAAAGCAAUAAAUAAACUGCG